GGUAGGUGAAAGCUGGGGGAAAUGGGAGAGAACUAUUUGGCCUCACGAGUUGAUCUGAUGGUCUCAUUACACUAGAGCUUAUUUUUUUCCCCAAGGAUUUACUCUCUGCUAUUACUUUCUGUUAGCUCUGCUCUGCUCCAUGUCUGAGAUAACAAUGUUUAUUUGCGUUUUUUAGAAGCCAGUUAGAUCAGAUUCUGAUUCCUGACAGAGAGUACAUGGCGACAUGAGGACAUGCAUUUUUCUACAGUUAAUAUCUCAGUCUUUUGGUUGAUCUUUUCUCAUCUUUUUUUUGUCCCUCUCUGUCUAUGAUACAAUUGAGUUUUCUUUCAUUCAGAAGUAAGUGAUUCAGAUUUGAGGAAAAUUUGAUGUAUGGGGUGUGACAUAGACCAUGGAAGAUCUGCCUCUCUUUUUGGAUUAUGACAUCUCCUGACAUGAUUCCAGCAUCAACAUGAAUGCUGCACAUAUUUUGUUACUUCUGAUACUGUUGUUUCCCAGUACAUUGUCUGAGCAGCUCUCCCAGCUCUCUCUGCUUGCACUUCUACAGAAAUACUGUGACGCUCUCUCCACUCUCUACAAUGUCACAGGUUUGUAUUGCAAUGCCACAACGGAUGAGAUUGGAACAUGUUGGCCAAAGAGCAACACCGGACGGAUGGUGGAAAGACCCUGUCCCGAGUACAUCAAUGGGGUAAAGUACAACACAACAAGGAGCGCAUACAGAGAAUGCAUAGAUAAUGGAACGUGGGCUUUGAAGAGCAACUACUCCAGUUGUGAACCCAUUUUGGAGGAGAAGAGGAAAUACCCAAUGCACUAUAAGAUUGCUCUGAUCAUCAACUACCUAGGCCACUGUAUUUCUGUGGGAGCUCUUGUCGUGGCCUUCGUUCUCUUCUUAUGCUUAAGGAGCAUAAGAUGCCUUCGAAACAUAAUCCACUGGAACUUGAUAACAACCUUCAUUUUGAGGAAUGUUAUGUGGUUCCUACUUCAGUUGAUUGACCAUAAUAUACAUGAGAGCAAUGAGCCUUGGUGUCGCCUUAUAACAACGAUAUAUAACUAUUUUGUGGUGACCAAUUUUUUCUGGAUGUUUGUUGAAGGAUGCUACCUUCACACAGCCAUUGUGAUGACUUAUUCUACGGACAAGCUAAAAAAAUGGGUAUUCUUGUUCAUUGGCUGGUGCAUUCCAUGUCCUAUUAUUGUUGCUUGGGCCAUUGGGAAGCUUUAUAAUGAAAAUGAACAAUGCUGGUUUGGGAAGGAACCUGGAAAGUAUAUUGACUACAUUUAUCAAGGUCCGGUCAUCCUUGUCCUUUUGAUAAACUUCGUUUUCCUCUUCAACAUUGUAAGAAUCCUUAUGACCAAGUUGAGAGCUUCUACCACAUCAGAAACUAUACAGUACAGAAAAGCAGUAAAAGCAACAUUAGUGCUACUGCCUCUGCUGGGGAUCACCUACAUGCUGUUUUUUGUGAAUCCUGGGGAGGACGACAUCUCGCAAAUAGUUUUUAUUUAUUUCAAUUCAUUUCUACAAUCAUUUCAGGGGUUCUUUGUGUCAGUAUUCUACUGCUUUCUUAAUGGCGAGGUGCGCUCAGCAGCCAGGAAAAGAUGGCAUCGUUGGCAGGACAACCAUGCCCUGAGAGUGCGCGUGGCACGUGCCAUGUCCCUCCCCACCUCACCCACCAGGAUCAGCUUCCAUAGUAUAAAACAGACCACAGCUGUUUGACCAAAUCCAAAGGUCACCUUUGGAAAUGUCAUUUUUCUAGGGAAGAGACUUGUCUUGAAGCACAUCUCCAUAAACGUCUAUUUCCUUUAUUUCUUACCCCAGCUGCAUAAGGACAGAGAGCUUUGAGGAAGAGACCAUUAGGAUUUCCGAAUUACAAUACUGUAACACAACCUCCUUGGACGUGUGGCAAAGAAGUAAAUUCAGAACAGAUGGGCAAAGCUGCCUCUCCAAAUGAACAUUGUGAAGUGAUUGCAGAGUCAAAGUCUUACUGGCAAUGCAUUAAUAGCUGUUUUCAAACUGUAUUACACCAGGUUGGAUUUUAAUAGGUCAGGAAUGUCGACCUGUCAAGGACCAGUCCUGACGAGGCAAGAAAAGCAGUGGUAAUGUCAAAAGAGACCCUAAUCACUCUCAGUACUCUACUGUACUUGUAGCAGCAUUUAUUUCCAUAACCCUCCAUUGUUUCAUGUCUAUGAGAGGGCAAGGAUAAGCAGGAAUGUGCAUAAACAGAGCAGACACGGGAUGCAGAUGCGUUCUGUGUCUGUUGCAGACUGAGCUUGAGAUGCAAUGAGAAAGAUCAAAUGAUACUGUUAAUCACCAAGGAAAUAAGGAACGUGCAGACUCAAAGUGAUAUCGUUUGGUUUGUCAUCAGCACCACUUUUUUGCUUGUCAAAAUGUCACCCUAAGAGCUAUUCAAUUGUAUAAUUGUUUUCAGGCUAAUUUAUUUUAAGAUUGUUCCCUGCCAAUCAUUCUCAAAUGCUUUUGAGCAGCACAUCGUCAAUGAUGUGUUUUUCUCUCUUCUGUAUAAAAAAACCCUAAGGCAGCUCUUAUUUGGAUGAGUAAUCAUAAAUCAAAGCUAUCAUUCACUGGGUUUGAGUUCAGAUUAUAUCCAUUAUCUUAUUAUGUAAAUAAUGGAGAUGGGACUGUGAUUCUGAGACUUUUACAUAACACUUAUUUAAACACUGAACAGACCCUGAUUUCAGUCCACGCAAUGCCACAGCUGUCCCAAGUCAAGAGAAAUAGGAGUAAUUUAAAGGUACAGUACCAUGUGCAUACAUUAAAUCCUUUUCACAUAGUUAUUUUCUCUCUUUCAAAUCCCAAUGUGCCGUACUUAAUCAGUGUCAGUACUAAACUGUUGGGUCCAGGAGCCAGAGAGAGAUGGAGCCUGAUAAGUGAGAGCUUCCUUUGGCUUCCUUAAUGCUUUGCUCUGCUCAGGUCAACAUGCCAAGCUCUGCGCCGGUGACUGACCGACGGUCUGACCUGCAUGGGUGUUAGCCACCUCUCCCUCCAGGCCCCCCCUGUAUUAUAAUACAAAUUCCAGACACUUAGGCAUGCCUUUUUAGUCAGCAAAAUAGAACAGUAGAACCCAUGCACCCAGGGAAUUAAGUUCUUAAAAUGUGGAAUUGUAGAAAUUAUGCAAUUAGAUGGGUAUUGAGUACAAGCUCACUGAUCUGGGGUGUUUGUUUAAUGCAUUGUAUAAAUCUAUUUAGGUUUAUAAGCAACCAUGUACCUCAUAGUUUAGUUACUUUGGGAGUAUACAGCUCUCCCGAGUGGCGCAGCGGUCUAAGGCACUGCAUUGCAGUGCUUGAGGCAUCACUACAGUCCUGGGUUCGGUCCCAGACUGUGUCACAGCUGGCUGUGAGUCGGAGGAAACAUCAUCCAGCUGGCGACUAAUGUCACCUUGCAGGCACUCACUAACCCGGACGACACUGGGCCAAUUGAGGCGACACACAAUAAGCCCAGUGUGGAGGGUUUGCCCGCAGGGAUUUCCUUGUCCCAUCGCGCUCUAGCGACUCCUUGUGGCAGGCCAGGUGCCUGCAAGCUGACAGCGGUCCCCAGCUGGAUGAUGUUUCCUCUGACUCAUUGGUGCAGCUGGCUUCCGGGUUAAGCGAGCAGUGUGUCAAGAAGCAGUCCGGCUUGGCAGGGUCAUGUUUCGGAGGAUGCAUAGCUCUCGACCUUCGCCUUUCCUGAGUCUGUAGGGGAGUUGCAGCGAUUGGACAAGACUGUAACCACCAAUUGGGGAGAAAAAGGGUAAAAGUACAAAAGCUAUACUUUGGGAGUAUAUAGUAAGCAAGAUGCUCAAAUUAAACUAUAUAACAUCUGUUGAGAGUUGCUGUUUUUUAAAAUAACGUAGGCACGGCUCAGUGACUAAGUCAGAAUUAAUUAUUGCUCUACACAUUUUCCUGGCAUUGAAAUUGGACUAGAACCACAUUUAUGUUGUACAACAGCCAAUUCUAAUUUAUCAAAUUGCUUGUAAUGAAAGAUGUACUUCUGGAAGGUCAGUUAUUUUUCUCUUCAUCAUUCGGUAAUUACUGUGAAAAUAAUAUGGUACCAUAGAAUAAAGGAUGAACCUGUCAUGUCCAUUAGAGUUUGCACCCAUUGACUGCUUGAUGUAUAAUUUUCUGAGAGAGUUGACUUUGUACCAGUUUCCUGUGUUAUAUUUUCAGAAAUGUGACUCACUCCAUAUGCGCAAUUCCUCUCUUGAAUACCACCAACUUUUCAAGCAAAUAGUUUUCACGCAAACAGUCCCAAGAUCUAAAUAAAUUGCCAAUAAACUACUGUAUGUGAAAAACUGUAAAUAUUUUUGCUAUUUUCUUGUCCUAAACCACUAAACCCUGUUGGUUGAACAUCAUUUUGUUAUUCAUGUUUGGGAGGUGCCUCCAAGUUGAAUGUUUAUUUUGGAGAAGUUUUAAUCAUAUCUAGGGGUUCUAGUUGAGAAGGUCUAAAAAUAAGAUUAAAUCUUCAAAGAGUGCGAUAAAACAUGUAUAACAAAAGUGUUUUGUUGUACUGUACAUAAACUAUUUUAAAGUUUGUUCUAUAUUGUAAUUAAUACAGUAUUUGUACACAUUUUAUGAAGUAAAGAUGUGUUUUUUGUCUUUUACUGUUAGUGACCGUAGUAAUUCAUUAAGAAAAUUCAGAGCAUUCAAGUUACAUGAAUACCUACAACCAUCCAAAGCAAUCAUUGAAAGGUAUGAAUAUUUUAUUUUACUUGUUUGUAUCACCAUCUCUUAUUUUACAGUUUAAAUUGUACUUUCUAUGAUGUGUUUAGUCUAUUGAAUCCAUCACAAUUCUGUACAUACAUACUACAGCACUCCCAUGAGUGUUAAUAAAAGGUAAGCAGAGUUUUAAAUUCACCAAUGGAAAUCCAACUAAAACUUGAGAUUGAAACAUAAAACUUAGAUUUAUUUGUAUUUUUUUAAAUGAUUAAUUCAUUCAAAAUUACAUAUUCACCAAAGAUAUGAAACAUGUUAACCUGCGUGUGUUUACUUGUUGUCAGUGCACUUUUUCCAACCUUUUUCAUAUUUUGUAUAGCUUCACCAUUAUCUUAUGUAGGUUUGAAUUAAUGACGUAUUAAUGUACAUAACUGCAUUUGGGCUUUUUGUUGAAAUACCAAUUUUGCCUUGCAGAAAAACAUUGUGUAAAGAGCAAAAACUAUGUUUCUACAUUAAUUGUUGUACUGAUAUGUGUGAUUGAUAUGCAUUUAUACAAGUACAUGUGGGAAACUCAGAUUUGAAAUAAAUAUUCUCUGGUU